CCGAAUCGGAAGUUCACUUCUUAUUUACCCCCGAAUCAAAUGUUCGAGAGUUACAACCACACGAGUCUGGGUUUAAUCGGUUUACUGUAACCAAAACCCAAUGCUAAACCAAUUAAAUGUUUUAUUAACCAGAUUAAACCCUAAUAUACCCAAAUUCAACCCGAUUUCACUAACUUAACCAAAACCCACCCCGAUUUAACCCCAAAAUCGAAAACACAAACCCUAAAAUCAGAAAUCAAAAGAAAUCCCCAAAUAUUUCCGACGAACCCUAGAGAGAAAAUUUGAGUGAUCGAAGCUUCCAAUCUCUGCAAUCGAAGGAUGUCUGUAGUUGUUGGUGACCCGGAUAUUGGUGAUGUCGAUCCUGAAGCUGAAGAUAGAGACCAAUUUCACAUCGAAGAAAUGUUGAAUGAGUGGAGUGACGAACCUCUGAUUCGCCAUGAUGUGUACCCAGAGAGCGAUGCUGAAGAGAAUGGCGAUGGUCCUGAGAGAUUUCAUACUCAUAUAAGGAGAGGUGAUGGUCAUUUGUACCAGAAGCAAACUUUCUUCAGUGGAGAUGCGUUCAAGGAGGCUGUCACUGAUUAUGCUCUGAGGACAGGAUGCAAUCUGAAGCAGUACAGGUAUGACAAUGAUAAAAUUGGCUUCAAAUGUAUUGGUAACGAUGGUAAGGAGGAAGGAGUACGGUGUGAAUGGCAAGUUUAUGCCGCGAUUCUUCGUAAAGAUAACAUGUGGAAGAUUAGGAAGUUUGUAGAUAAUCAUAGCUGCAUCCCAAAUGGGGAGUGUGAGAUGUUUAAGAUGCCACAUAUAGCUAGGUUAUUCGUUGAUAAGAUUAGGGAUAAUCCGGAAUUCUACAUGCCAGCUAAGAUUGAAGAACUGAUAAAGGAACAAUGGAAGAUAUCUGUCACUAGGAAUCAAUGUCAGGCUGCGAGAAAGAAGGCAAGGCAAUGGAUUGAGAAGGAGUAUGAUGAGCAGUUUGCAAGAUUAAGAGACUAUGCUGCUGAGAUUUUUGAUUCAAAUCCGGAUUCACAUGUAGAAGUGGAUUGUCUGACCAAUGAGGAAGGUGAAGACAUGUUCAAUAGGUUUUAUGUCUGUUUUGAUAGCCUAAGAAAGACUUGGAAGGAGAGCUGCAGGCCUCUUAUUGGCAUUGAUGGAUGUUUUCUGAAGAAUAAGGUAAAGGGUCAGUUGUUGGUAGCAUUAGGCAGGGAUGCUAAUAUAUAACAAGAUCUAUCCUGUAGCUUGGGGAGUGGUUAAAGUGGAGAAUACAGAGAAUUGGGUUUGGUUUGUGAAGAAUUUGAAGAAAGACUUAGGAUUAGGUGAUGGUGAAGGCUUCAUCAUGCUCUCAGAUAGGCAAAAGGGUUUGAUCAAAGGUGUUCAACUUGAGUUGCCAAACAUAGAGCAUCGGAUGUGUGUUCAACAUAUAUACGGGAACUUGAAGAAGAAUCAUGGAAGUAAAACCCGCAUGAAGCCACUGUUAUGGGAUUUGGCAUGGGCAUAUAAUGAGAAAGAUUAUAAGCAUAAUCUAGAGAGGAUCUUCUGCUAUGACACAGUCGUCUUCAA